CGGAGCACAGAGAUCUGCUUUCUGGGUUUUGCUUCUCUUUUCCCCCCACCCCCCACCCCGGGGGCUGGGGCGAGGAGAGUCGGGUUACAGGGUGCUUGGGGAGGGGGACAUAGGGGGAGGGUCUAUCUUUCUAUCUCGCUUUCUUCCCCCCUCCCCAGUUCUUUGUUCCCCCUCCCCACACACUCCCUCCUCUCCCCUCCCCUCCUCUCUCCUCUUCUCCCUUCCACCACCUCUCUCUCUCUCUCUCUCUCUCUCUCUCUCUCUCUCUCUCUCUCUCUCCCUCUCUCUCUCUCCCCCAGCUUUUGUUUCGCCAUGCCUAGUCUAGUGGUAUCUGGAAUAAUGGAAAGAAAUGGGGGCUUUGGAGAACUAGGAUGUUUCGGGGGAAGCGCUAAGGACCGAGGGCUGCUGGAAGACGAGCGCGCCCUUCAGCUGGCUCUCGAUCAACUCUGCCUCCUGGGUUUGGGGGAGCCCCCCGCCCCCACGGCGGGCGAGGAUGGGGGAGGCGGGGGGGGCGGCGCCCCCACGCAACCGGCCGCCCCCCCGCAGCCGGCCCCGCCGCCGCCGCAGCAGCAGCAGCCGCCCGCGGCUCCCCCGGCCGCCCCGACGGCGGCCCCCGCGGCGCAGACGCCCCAGCCCCCCGCCGCCCCCAAAGGGACGAGCGACGCCAAGCUCUGCGCUCUCUACAAAGAGGCCGAGCUGCGCCUGAAGGGCAGCAGCAACACCACCGAGUGUGUCCCCGUGCCCACCUCCGAGCACGUGGCCGAGAUCGUGGGCAGGCAAGGCUGCAAGAUUAAGGCCUUGAGAGCCAAGACCAACACUUACAUCAAGACACCUGUGCGGGGCGAGGAACCUGUAUUCAUGGUGACAGGCAGGCGGGAGGACGUGGCCACAGCCCGCCGGGAAAUCAUCUCGGCGGCCGAGCACUUCUCUAUGAUCCGAGCCUCACGCAACAAGUCAGGCGCAGCCUUUGGGGUGGCGCCCGCGCUGCCGGGCCAAGUGACCAUCCGUGUCCGCGUGCCCUACCGCGUGGUGGGACUGGUGGUGGGUCCCAAGGGGGCAACCAUCAAACGCAUCCAGCAGCAGACCAACACGUACAUCAUCACGCCCAGCCGCGACCGCGACCCGGUGUUCGAGAUCACGGGCGCCCCGGGCAACGUGGAGCGCGCGCGCGAGGAGAUCGAGACGCACAUCGCCGUGCGCACGGGCAAGAUCCUCGAGUACAACAGCGACAGCGACUUCCUGGCGGGCAGCCCGGACGCCGCCCUGGAGAGCCGCUACUCGGACGCCUGGAGGGUGCAUCCACCGGGCUGCAAGCCCCUGUCCACCUUCCGGCAGAACAGCCUGGGUUGCAUCGGCGAGUGCGGCGUGGACACGGCCUUCGAGGCCCCGCGUCUCGGCGAGCAGGGCGGGGACUUCGGCUACGGCGCGGGCGGCGGCAGCGGCGGCGGCGGGUAUCUGUUUCCGGGCUACGGCGUGGGCAAGCAGGACGUGUACUACGGCGUCGCCGAGACCAGUCCCCCGCUGUGGGCGGGCCAGGAGAACGCCACGCCCACCUCGGUGCUCUUCGCGGCCGCGGCCGCCGCCGCCGCGUCCUCGUCGUCGUCGUCGUCUUCCUCCGCCAAGGCCCGCGCCGCCGGCCCUCCCGGUGCGCACCGCUCCCCGGCCGCCGCCGCCGCCUCCGCCGGCCCCGAGCUGACCGCGCUCCCGCGGCGUCCACCCGGCGAACCGCUGCAGGGCUUCUCGAAACUCGGGGCCGGUGGGCUGCGGAGUCCCGGCGGGGGCGGAGGCGGCGGCGGCGGCGGCGGCGGCGGCGGGCGGGAUUGCAUGGUUUGCUUUGAGAGCGAAGUGACCGCCGCCCUCGUGCCCUGUGGACACAACCUCUUCUGCAUGGAGUGCGCAGUGCGCAUCUGCGAGAGGACGGACCCCGAGUGUCCCGUCUGCCAUAUCACCGCCACACAAGCCAUCCGAAUAUUCUCCUAAGCGCCCCCUUGUCCCCCCCCUGCCCCCCGGCCUCUUUCCUGGGUCCACUCCCCAGGAGGCCCCAAGCCCGUCCUGGAUCUUGUUCUCCACCGGGGCCUUCUGGAAACGUCAGUGACUUUGCAGUGGGGGAGGGAGGGGGAGCAAGGUGCUUAAGAGAGAAUGCGUUCGCUGGGGAGGGGGAAGGGAAGCGGGCUGGCAGGGUGGCCGAAGGGGUGGGCCACUUUCAAAGCCUCUGGUUACCCUGGAAAGCUUUGGGGCGGGGAGGCCAGACGGAAAGUUAGUUACUAAGAGUUACAACUCUCAUACCUCAACACACCCUUAAAUCCGGAAGCAGCUAAGAGACGCUUUUGUUUUACCAGAGGUGCCCUGUAAGACAUCCUGACCCUUCCGCCCUCCCUCCCCAAACUUUGUCAUCCGACCCUUCCUCUUCUCUGGCGGGCUGGGGGAGAAGGAGAAUCGGCCCGUUUGUAUCUACAGGUGCCCUUCGCCGCCCUCAGCCUUCCACCUAACUUGACCUUUUAAUGUGCCCUUUGCCCCCCCCCCCCCAGCACCACCGCUGUAUCCCGUUUGAGAAACUGAAUUCUCAGCAGUAUACGGGGGUUGGGGCCGAUCAGGAAAGUCUGCAGAGAUAUUCUGGGGUGGUGGGGGGAGGUUGUCAAAUUUAUAAGGGGUUCGCCACACAUUGGUGGCCUCAAAGCUGGGCUAGAGGAAUCUGGAGGGGGGACUCCUUUCUUAACUGCCCCUCAUUCUUUUCCCCAUCUCCCCUUCCUCUGAAUCUUCCCCCUGGCAUAUUUCUUUUCCUCUAGGUCUUUCUCCCCCCCCCCCAGGUAGCUGUCAUUUCCAGUCACCUCUUCGCCCUCCUUCCUUCUUCCCUCACCCUCACCUUCCUGCUCAGCUCCGGGACACGAUCUCCUGGAGAGAAGUGGGGGGGAACAUUCUGAUGGUGUCACCCUCACCACCUCCUUCAGGUAGUGGACAGCCCUCUCCCUGCUCCUCCAAAGAAUCACUUCCAGUUCUUGAUAGAACGUAGUCCAUUCUCAGAGACAGUUUGGAGAGGGGACUAUUACUAGGGUACAUGGAGGGUCAGACCCCCCACCUUCGGGCAUUAUUGUAUUUAGGGAGCAGUUCUUGGACUGGAUUUUCUGGCCGUGGGAAUGGAGAGCCAGAAACAGGAAGGCGCCUGGGUCAGGAGAGAAGGUGCCUGGACGGGGCUCGCCUUGACCCCCUCCGACCUGGCUGAACCAGGAUUGAGUCCCUGUCAGCUGCAAAUCAUGAAGUCUCUGUCCCACGCACUGGUUGAGGAGAGAAGCCAGGUCUCUGGUAGGGUCAGGCCAUAGCAGGCAGCGGGCUUGGAGUGCCACGGAGCCCCUUGGAGGCCCUCCUACUGCCCGCUGCCUCCAGCCUCCCACCCUCUUGGUUCUGCUGGCCGGGCCAGGAGAGAGUGGGGAAUGGGGAGGGCCCAGAAGAUGCUUGUAUAUAAAGGGAUGGGCCUCUCUGAGCACUUAAAAGCUCUGGGGUCCCCCCAUUCUUCCUGGAUGGAGAAGGGGUGUAGGGAAUGGAGGCACGGGGGAGUUCCCUUCUCUCCUUGCCUGUGGGGAAUUAACUCACUUCUCCACAGCCUCCUCCAGACCACCAGCUUGGGAGGGGAGAGGAAGGGGAUUUCAGCCCAGAGAACUGGCCUGUGUCAGCCUCCCUUCUUCCCGCUAAUGUGAGCCAUCUUGAGAUGUCUACAAUAGAAACCAAACCAAAUGGGCACCCUGGGUUGCCCAGGGGCAUGUGGAAGGGGGGUGGGAAGUCAGUUUGUUGAUCCCCUCCCCCUCUCCACUCCUUACCCACAAAGGCAAAGGACUGUUAGACUAGGAGGCUCAGCAAACUUAAUCCCACCUUUGAGGAGUGAGCCAGACCUAGAAACAAAACGUGAGCAAUGAACAGGAGAGAGCAAGAGAACGAGAGGGAGAUGAUCGACCAACAGAAGAAAGAAACAUAGCAAAAAAAGAAAAAAAAAGCAGUUCUUUAUAAUUUAAUAUUCUAUUUUAAUAAAGGCGUUUAUUACCGUAUAAAUGUAGCAAAGAACCUGGGCUAAUAUGAAAAAAAGACUUUUUAUUAGGUAAUUUAUUAUAUGAAAAGGAUAUUUUAUUUUAUGAUAAAGUGAUCCUUAAAAAAAUAAAAAAACUUUAGGAGGUUUAGAAUAUAUGUAGGGAGAGAAGAAAAAAAUACAUUUGUAUUCAGAGUUAAAUCUUAAAAAAAAAGUUUUUAAUAUAUGUUCGGGUUUACGUUCCUUUUUCCCCCACCUUUGUUUUUUGGGGAGGAAUGUCAUUUGCUUUUCUUGGGGGAGCAUCCUGGGAUGGAUGGUGGAGAGGGGCUGGGGAGCUGGUGCCUUCUGGGGCACCCCCCCCCCACACACACCAGUAGAUUGGAUUUCACUCCGUGGGCUCCUCUCCCCCUCCCCCUCCCCCUCAGGGGAGCCAGCAGAGCCAAACAAAGAAAGGGAUUAACCAGAAAGGAGGAAGCUGUGGGACAAAGGACUGAGGGUUUUGGGGUGCUGUCCCCCCAAGAGGGGAAAUCCAGAACUGAGGCCUAGCAGGCCUUUGGGAACCCUCAGGUGUGAGAUUUAAGAGAAAUAGACUUUUUUUUUAAACCAAAAAAAAAAAGAGAGAAGAAAAACCGAGGGAUUUAAAA